AUGAAUAUACAAGCAUCUCCCAUCACUUGGAAGGAUCAAUUGUCUGUCAAUGGCAACUUCUUUGUGUUCCGAAGCAAUCCUUCCGAACGAUUCUACAUUAAAGGCAUUGCAUUCCCUGUGGCACCUGGUGUAAAUGCUGAGGACAUCAUCCUGGGUUGGAUUGAUAUCCUUCACCAGCUUCGGGAGGCUUCACCAGAAAUCAAUACCAUUCGAAUUUACCAAAUAUGGCCAAGCCUGGAUUAUUCCGAGUUUCUGCAAGCAGCUGCCGAUAUGGGUUUCUAUCUGAUUGUCCCUUUGACUUCUAUGAACGGCCGUGGCGUCCUGAGUCGUGAGAAGGCCGCUCCAAAAUGUUACAGAAGAAAACUUUUCAACUAUGGGUCAUCUGUGAUUCGGGACUUUGGUAAGUUCCCAAACAUUUUAGGAUAUGUUCUUGGAAAUGAAGUUAUGAACUCUCUGGAGAGCUGGGAGACCGCGCCCUGUAUUUUGGCCUAUGCCAGAGAUCUGAAAAGGGAAUACCCAGAGGUUACAUUGAUGUACGCUAUGCAGCAUGCUGGUAUUGGGGCUGCAGGGGAGCCAUCAGAAGCUGUCAAACUGACUUUAGACUACAUGAGUGAAUGCCCUGAAGCCUCUAUUGAUGCCUUGGGUGUCAAUAUUGAAUCUUGGUGUUCCUCAAAACAGACAUUUGAUCACAACCCAGACGGAUCCAUUGGAACCUACAAAGAGUUGUACCAGCAUUUGAAUCACUCUAAAAUCCCACUCUUCUUUUCGGAACUUGGCUGCUCAAAGGAUGAUUUCAACCGUGAUAAUGAACUGGAAAAAGGCUAUCGCGACUGGAAGCAAGUUCACAGCAUUCUUGGUUCGGACAUGAUUGACAGAUGGUCUGGCUUUGUAGCUUAUGCAUAUGAUGGGCCGCUCGAUUUUAAAAUGACUCUUGGGGGUCGCUGGGAUGGAAAUAAUACCUUGGAGUUUUCUAAAGACAUGGAAAACUAUGUGAAUGAGUUGGAUGCUCUCGAUAUCAAAUACGAGUACCAUGGUGUUUCAAACCAUACGAGCGGAACGAAUACAACUCAUAGUAUUACAGAUUUCUGUCCAGAUUCAUCCCCGGCCAGCGCAGCUCUUUCCAGUUGUUGCGAUAUUGACUUGCUACCAGUCAGCAAGAUACCAUCGUACCAAUCAUGGUCGCCUGCAACUACAAGCCUCCUUGUUUUGAAAUGCUUGGCGUUUCUCUGUCUCUGUUUCGGUAUCAAAUCCAUAUUUUCAAAAAAGGUUCCAAAUGAAAAGCAACCGAGUUCGGAGCUCGAUCCCGAUGAUGCACAGAAACUUCUGAGUAGUAAGAACUCUGAGUACCAAACAUUUCAGCAACAGACUUAA